UGCUUGCAACACAUUUCAUUCUUAGUUUCACAUACUUCUGGGUAUUUAUAUGUCUUUUCUUUUUAUCAAUCCGUUGUUUCGUCUGCUUUACGACAGUUUGUCUUUAUCUUUCGGAGUGUUUCCAUAAUGGCGUGGACAGCUGCGUCGGCGUCAGCGUCGGCGUCGGUGUCGGUAUCGGCGUCGGCGCUAUGAUCUCGGUGGUUAGUUAGUAGACGAACGAAGGCGGUCGAGUACGUUGAGAUCGCAGUAUCGUGUUACGGGUACGCAUUACGAAAAUUGAUCCAAUAUAUUCGCGAUACGAAGGAAGACCUCGGAGUGGAUUGCAGCGUGAUAGCAUGAACGCAGGAUGAUCUGCCGAUAUUCAGGGUCAUUGUGGCCGCGUAUCGCUUGAAAAAAAAGGUGUGGUGGAGAAGAAGAAGAGGAGGAAGAACGGAUCCGUAACUGAGAGGGAAGAUUAGGCUUCCUGGACCAUACGGGAAGUAUAUCCUGAGGAAGCAGAAUGAUCGACCCGAGCUCGUCGGAAUCGGAAAGCGAGGAGGAUCAAAGUUCGCAGCAUGUCGGGAGUGUUAGCGGUGGCGGAGGUGGCGGAGGUAGUGGUGGAGUUCGCACAGGGAGCGGUAGCUCGUACGGAUCCCGGCGACAGAUCGGACCUGGGGCUAGCCUUGGUGGCGCGAGCGGUCCCGUAUCGGGUAGCGUGAGCUCGUUGGCCUCACCAGGAGGAUCGAUCCACGGACCGGUCGGGACACCUCGUGCUGGCACGGCUACCAGCCAGGAUGGCACAUUGGAUGCAUCUAGUUACACUACAGCGAGAAGCUCGUUGUCGCCGUCGAUGUCUACCGCCCAGGAUGCGGCAAGUUACGCUCAGAGACCUACCAGCCCUUCGCCCUCCGUCGCCAGCGAGAAGACCGAAGCGGAUCUCCAAGAUAAACAAGAGCGGGAAGAAGAGGAAAGGAAGACUAGGAUACAGUUGUACGUGUUCGUAUCGAGAUGCAUUUCGUAUCCGUUUAACGCCAAACAACCACUGGAUAUGACGAAACGUUCGCUAAAAGUGACCAAGCAGCAACUCGAAACGAUAUGUUCUCGUUUUCAGAGUUUUCUAAAGGGAGAAACGCAGAUAAUGGCGGAUGAAGCGUUCCGCAAUGCCAUACAGAAUUAUUACGACGUAUUUCUGACGUCGGAUCGAGUGCUGCAAAUGGUGCAAAGCGGUGCUUGCUCACAACUCGACUUCCGCGAGGUGUUCAAGGAGAACAUAAAGAUACGUGUUCUACGCUUCCCGGAAAUCGACGGAUUGAGCAAAGAGACUGUACUUACGUCCUGGUUGGCCAAAUUCGAUUGUAUCAUGAAAGGUUCGGGGGACGAGGAGACCAAGAGGCCCUCCAGGAUGCAACAGCAGUCUUUGAUCUCGGAGAUGAUUCUACCGAAGGAGCAGCUGUACGACAUGUUUCAGCAAAUUCUUGGCAUCAAGAAGUUCGAGCAUCAGCUUCUGUUCAACGCCCUCCUGUUGGACUCAGCCGACGAACAGGCUGCCGCCAUCAGGAGGGAGCUGGAUGGUCGCCUCCAAAGGGUUAAUGACAUGGAAAAGAACCGCAAGCUUAUGCCCAAGUUCCUUCUAAAAGAAAUGGAGUCGCUCUACAUCGAGGAACUCAAGUCGUCUAUCAACCUGUUGAUGGCUAAUUUAGAGUCAUUACCGGUCUCGAAAGGUUCGACAGACAGCAAAUACGGCCUGCAGAAGCUGAAGCGCUGCAACCAUCGACGUGAGCGCUCCCGCUGCCGCGGUCAGGGUUCUCUCGUUAAAUUGGAGAGCGACUCCGCUGACUCGGAACCGCAGUUAACCAAAAUGGACGUAGGCCUGACCUUCCAGCUGGCUGUGGUAGUUGUAGAGGUCAGGGGCUUGAAGAGUUUGCCGCCGAACAAGAUAGUUUAUUGCACGAUGGAAGUCGAUCGUGGCAAAAAGCUGCAAACCGAUCACGCCGAGGCUUCGAAACCUAUGUGGGACACGCAGGGCGACUUUACCACCAUGCAACCGCUGCCACUGGUCAAGGUUCGACUCUACACUGAAAAUUCGGCGAUGCUCGCGCUCGAGGAUAAGGAGCUAGGCAAGGUACAUCUGCGACCUACACCGUUCUCCUGCAAACAUCCGGAAUGGUAUCGAAUGUCCGUCCCGAAAAACUGUCCCGACCAGGAUCUCCUCAUCAAAGUUGGUUGCCGAAUGGACAAACCUUUCAACAUGAAACACUGCGGCUACCUUUACGCAAUGGGCAAGUCUGUGUGGAAAAAGUGGAAGAAACGAUACCACGUGCUAGUUCAAGUUUCUCAGUACACGUUCGCGAUGUGCUCGUACAAAGAGAGGAGAAGCGAACCCUCAGAGAUGAUGCAGCUAGAUGGUUAUACGGUUGAUUAUAUCGAACCUGCCUCUGCUAAUCUUAUGGUUGGCAUGGAUCUAGAUGACGGAAGAUUUUAUUUUAAUGCGGUUCGCGAAGGGGACAGCAUAGUGUUCGCUACGGACGAUGAGAACGAGUGCCAGACCUGGGUGAUGGUCAUGUACAGAGCGACUGGCCAGUCCCACAAACCCACUCCACCAGUUUCCGCGGACAAAAAUUCCACCAUCAGUAAGAUACAGGGCGACGCCGAUCGAGCGAAAAAGCACGGGAUGGAAGAUUACAUUAGCGCGGAUCCUUGCAAGUUCGAUCACCACGUUCUCUUCAAGUUUUUACAAAACUUGAUUCUGGAUUAUCGCUUGAACGAUCCAUACUGUUCCCUUGGCUGGUUUUCACCCGGUCAAUUAUUCGUUCUGGACGAAUAUUGCGCUAGAUACGGAGUACGAGGCUGUUUUCGACACUUGUGCUACUUGAACGAUCUACUGGACAGAAUCGAUCGCGGACUCAUGAUCGAUCCAACUCUGAUUCACUUUAGUUUCGCCUUUUGCGCCAGCCACGUCUACGGCAGCCGUACGGACAGAGUCGGUUCUAUCACUCACGAGGAGAAGGAGAAAUUUCAAGAGGUGAAAGAAAGGCUCAGGCAAAUCCUCGAAGAACAAAUUACUAAUUUUAGAUACAGUUUCCCUUUCGGUCGGCCGGAGGGUGCACUUAAAGCUACUCUGUCUCUUCUGGAACGAGUAAUGAUGAAGGAUGGCGUCAGUUCCGUACCUCCCGAGGAAGUGAAGGCUUUGAUCAAGAGUUGCCUCGAGAAAGCUGCUCUUGUUAACUAUACGAAACUUUCUGCCGAAGCUAAGAUCGAAGAUGACUUCAGCGGUGAGGUUUGUGCCUCGCCUAGCAAGAAGCUCGAGGAUCUCAUUCAUCUGGCCGAAAUGUGCGUGGAUCUGCUUCAACAAAACGGGGAGCACUAUUCGAAGGUUGUACCGCAGGCGUUCGCCUGGUUUAGCGAUCUUAUGGUGGAGCACGCCGAGAUCUUCUGGUCCUUGUUCGCCGACGACAUGGACAAGGUGCUUGCCGAACAACCGCGCGACACAUGGGACAGCUUCCCGCUCUUCAAAAUCUUGAACGACUAUUUGAGGGAAGAUGAUAAUUUGAAGAAUGGAAGGUUUCAUCAACAUCUUCGCGAUACUUUCUCUCCGAUGGUGGUGCGUUACGUGGACUUGAUGGAAACCUCCAUUGCACAAUCGGUUUUAAAAGGUUUCGAGAAGGAACGUUGGGAGAUAAAAGGGAAUGGAUGCGCUACGUCAGGCGAAUUAUUCUGGAAGCUCGAUGCGCUUCAAUCUUUCAUUCGUGACCUUCAUUGGCCGGACCAAGAAUUUCGGCAGCAUCUAGAACAGAGAUUAACGUUGAUGGCAUGCGACAUGAUCGAAACUUGCAUGCAACGAACAGAUGCCGCGUUUCAACAGUGGCUGAAGAAAGGUGUAACUUUUAUUUCGACUGAUUACAUCAUACCAUCGGAAAUGUGCGCGAUGGUGAACGUUAUUCUCGAUGCGAAAAACCAAAGCUUCGAAUUGUGCACCAUCGAUGGUGUCGACGUGCACCAAUAUCAUGGCAAUAUCGACGAUUUGAUAGAAAAAAUGUUGGCCUCCAUGACACAAGGAAUGAUCAACAAGCUGGUCACGGUUCUAGAGACUACCUUAUCCAAACUAUCUCGUUACGACGAGGGAUCUUUCAUAGGUUCCAUUCUCAGUUUAACGAAGGUAUCGGGAAGCGGGAAAGAAAUGGGACAGGCCUAUGUGAGCUUUACGAGAAACUGUAUGGACCAAAUUCGUGGAAAAGUCUUGGACGAAUUAUGGAUUUUAACGUUCUUCGAGCAAUGGUAUACGGCGCAAAUUCAAAUGCUGUGCACAUGGCUUUCGGAAAGACUCGAUCACAGCCUACAUCUCUAUCAGUGUACCUGUUUGGCCCACAUCGUAAAAAAGAUUUACUCGGACUUCGAGCUGCAAGGUGUCAUAGAGGAGAAACUCAACUCGACAACAUAUCAGACUAUAUUUAAGAGGAUGCAAACGGAAGAAGCGACUUGUGCCUUAACGAGCGUUCAGAACGAAGAAGGUCUUUCGGAGAACGGUAACGACGACGAGGUAGAACGACCAAAGCCAAAAGUAACGGUCGUCGAAACGGUCAACAGCGAAGACGCGAAUCUAAUCAGCAACGUUACUUCGAACGUUGUUGAAAAAGUUGGAAACAUGUUUGGCAAGGGCAUUGGUGGACUUUCGACGAAGUUUGGCGGACCUAGCUGGUUUUGAUCAUUCUUCUUAUUACCUCUAGUAUUAUUGCUUAUCUUAAUUUCUCCUUCUGUUUCUUCUUUUUUCCUCCAUACUUUGCUUAUCUUUUCUAUCAUUAUGAUCAUCAGUAUCGUUGUUAUCAUUGUUGAAUAGCAAUUACUACGAUGAUAAUUACCGUCAGUUCGUAUUAUUAAUACUUUUCUUUUUUACUAUCGUUAUCACUUUACUUUCGUCAUUACUGUAGCCACUAUUACUUCUAAUAUUCAGUCGACAACUUUACAUUGAACGAAUAGAUUGUUUUGUCUAUACAUAUGUACAUACAAAACGAGAGUUUCGACGACAAGAUUGUCCAUAGUACACUUUAGAAAUUUGUUCGAACGAAGCAUUCUUCGAAGAAGAAUCACUAUUCGGUACAAUCGAUCGAAAGGAUAAACCUUAUCGUUAUCGCACAGACGUGUGUGUUUGUGUUAGUUUUCAUGGAUUCUACAGGCUUUUCGACAAAUUUUCGUUUCGUUGUUCGAUUACGUUCGGCCGUUCGUCCAAAGAGAGUGUGACGCAUCUUUUUUCGAAUCGUUACCGAUUUGAUACACUUGCUCGAACGAGAACUACUGGCGAACGCGACCGCUGUAAGGUCGAAAGGUCUUCUCCUUUAUCUUUCUCUACCAUCUGUGCAUCGAUAAACGUUUCUUUUGUUCAAAACUUUUAUAGAUAUCACGUUUCUCAUUUAUACAUAUAGUAAACGCGCCGAUCGACUGUGUAUUUAUGUUCUAAACGAUCCUAUACAGUUGCUGUUGCUGUUGGAUGAGUAUUUCAAAUAGGUGUUCGCAUCGCGAGAGAAACCGAUUUAUAAAUUCACUGAUCAUAUGUAUGUUACAGCUAUUUGUUAUCAUAUUUUCGUGUUUCUUCCUGUUUCUAUCUUCGCUCUUUAUUCUUCACAUCUCUAUUUCUCUGCAAAUCCCUACUUUAUUUAUACUAAUGCCACUAUCGUAAAAAUGUCUAACGUUGUUUGAUAAUCAUGUUUAUAAUAUACAUAGAUAUUGUUU